CCAAAGCUUCCCACCGUCGGUUCCACAGUGUGGAGCACCAGAAAGGGCUCGCCGGGCUGCUUCUCGGUUCUCUCCACAGCGUUCUCGUCAAGCCUCAGAAGUCUCUCUACGGCGGGACCGUUUCCGACGCAAAAACCCUAAACUGAUCGUCCUCCAUUGACAUUCGCCACCCCACUCUCUCUCUCUCUAGGGGGGAAGCGAUUGAAGCGGAAAAGAUGGACGGAGAAAUCGCAGAGGAGGAGCGGGGGCAGCCGAAGAAGAGAACGCAGAAGCGAAACCGCAAGGAAUUCGCUCCCUUCGGCAACUACAGAAGCUACUACGGCUAUCGCGUAGGUCAGGAAUUGGAUGAAGAUCCGCGGUUGAAAGUCUUGAAGAAGGAGUGGUUCGAAGGCAAGGACUGUCUCGACGUUGGCUGCAACAUUGGGCUUGUCGCUAUCUACAUUGCAAAAAAGUUUUGCUGCCGGAGCAUUUUGGGAAUUGACAUCGACUCAAACCGAAUUGAGGAUGCUUAUUGGAACCUCAGGAAAACUGUAAGAAUGCAAUCUGCCGGUAAGAGCCAUUCAAAGACUUGCCAAUCAGGGCCUGAAGAGAGACCAGAUGAUGAUGCACAAAACCUUAGCAUGUCAAAAUAUGGGGAAACAGGGAAAAGUACAAAGAACCAGUGUCUUUCAGAGAAGAGAGAUCUCGAUGAGAUCGUAUCUUUCCGGAAGGAAAAUUUUGUUCUAGCUCGGGCUGAUGCUCAUGAAAGUUAUGAUACCAUUCUUUGUUUAAGCGUGACAAAGUGGAUUCAUCUGAACUGGGGUGAUGAGGGGCUAAUUACUUUGUUUUCAAAGAUCUGGCGACUUCUUCGACAGGGUGGCAUCCUUAUCUUGGAGCCUCAACCUUGGCGUUCAUAUGAACAAAAUCGUCUGGUGUCUGAGACAACAGCGGCAAAUUAUGACAAGAUCAUGUAUCCACCGGAGAUUUUUCAGGAUAUACUUCUUGAUAAGAUAGGCUUUAGGACAGUAGAGGACCUUACCUCCGGUUUGUCGGGGACCAAAGCCGGAUUCAAUAGACCAGUAUUGGCAUUCCGGAAAUAACUAAAUGGGGGAAAGCUGCAAUUGUGCACUGAAGUUUGAUACUUGCGGUGAAGUCCAUCUCACGGGUGAGAUGUUUUUGAAGGGACAGACAUUAGGUGCGUGCAAAGCGGGGACACAAAGCAUUCUGGAAUGAUAUUGUUCUGGCAUACAGUAGUACGUCUUCAUGCAACCUCUGUCCGGGAUAAGUGACGUUGUAAGUACAUGCCUACAAACAUGAGAGCGGCGAGGGGAUCUCCAAGUUCCCAUGCAGAUUGUGGUUUCGAAUAUGUUAAUGGCAGCAUUAGGCCUUAUUGGGGAUAGCCCAACCCUAUUUAUGGGAACAUAUACUUAGCUUAAUGGAAAAGAGAGCUGUCAACAGAAUUUCUUGUGCAGAAAUUUUUC